GCUGAGCAUGCGCGUAAAGGCGGAAGCCGCAGGGCCGCGGGGAAGACGGUUCGGGAGGAUGCUGGGAGCGUGCGGCAUGCAGCGAUACCACCAGGAAGCUCUAAAGAAGAACCGGGUGUUGCUGGCGAGAGAGCUGGUUUUGAAAGAGUUGAUGGAACACCUGGUAGAGAAGGACAUCAUCACCAUUGAGAUGGUGGAAAUGAUACAGGCCAAGUCCGGAAGCUUCAGCCAAAAUGUGGAAUUCCUUAAUUUGUUGCCCAAGAGAGGCCCUGCUGCCUUUUCAGCCUUCUGUGAAGCUCUACAAGAAACCAAACAGCAGCACCUGGCGGAAACAAUCUUGAAGACAGAAUCCAGCUUGAGACAUGGAAUUGCAAGGCGUUAUGGAUCAGAUCUUCCACUUCCUCUGAGUGAGUCAUGUAAUUCAAAGAGACCACGCUUGAUUGUGGAACAUUCUUUGGACAGUGGAGAUGGUCCUUCGAUUCCUCCAGUGAAGCACUGCACUCCAGAAUUCUAUCAUGAUCACCAGCACUUAGCAUACAAACUGAUAUCAGAGCCCCGAGGCUUAGCACUUAUUCUCAGCAAUAUCCAUUUCAGCAGUGAAAAGGACUUGGAAUAUCGUUCAGGUGGAGAUGUGGACUGUGCUUCCCUAGAGCUGCUUUUCAAGCAUCUUGGAUAUCAAGUGACUGUCUUUCAUGAUCAAAGUGCAAAGGAAAUGGAGAGUGCAUUGGAGAGAUUUUCUAAGCUGCCAGACCAUCAGGAUGUGGACUCCUGUAUUGUAGCUUUACUUUCCCACGGUGUAGAGGGUGGGGUUUAUGGCACUGAUGGCAAACUCCUACAGUUGCAGGAGGCUUUCAGGCUCUUUGAUAAUGCAAACUGCCCCAAUCUUCAGAAUAAGCCCAAAAUGUUCUUUAUUCAGGCCUGCCGGGGAGACGAGACAGACCGAGGGGUGGAUCAAAGAGAUGGCAAAGAAAGGUCAGAUUCCCCAGGCUGUGAGGAGAGUGAUGCAAACAAGGAAGAAAAUCUCAAGCUGCGUCUGCCGACGUGCUCCGAUAUGAUCUGUGGAUAUGCGUGUUUGAAAGGCACUGCAGCCAUGCGUAACACCAAGCGUGGAUCCUGGUAUAUCGAGGCACUCACCACUGUGUUUGCAGAGGACUCCCGAGACACUCAUGUGGCUGACAUGUUGGUGAAGGUGAAUAGACAAAUCAAGCAACGAGAAGGUUAUGCCCCAGGCACAGAAUUCCACCGCUGCAAGGAAAUGUCAGAAUACUGUAGUACACUCUGUCGGGACCUGUACCUAUUUCCUGGUUAUGUGCCAGGAAAAUAACCCUACCAGCUCCACUGGAAGAGAGAUACUGCCAAAGCUGAACUGAGUAUGGAUGUGUACAUUUCUGUUCUCACAGGCGUGACAGCAGAUGCCAAGCAAGGAGUGCUAUUUCAUGUUUAGCCAGUCCAGUUCUUGAUGUCUUUUACUAAAACAAGGUGGCAGCUCAUCCUAAUCUGAUUCAAUUCAGGGGUUAAAAUACUAAUAUCUGAUUUAUUUCGUAUGUAUGGAUAUCGGUGAAAAGAGAUCAGCACUAUAACUGAUAGUGAAAAUUGAGAAUAUCCUUUGGAAAGAGGCGUAAGGACAUUUCUUAGAAAUGUGAAUGUGAAAAGAGAAAUAGACUAUCUAUACAAAUUUUGGAAGAGAUAAGCCUUUCUGAGAGGCAAAUGAUUCGUAAAAUGCUACUUAUUUUAUGCUUUUAUUUUUUUUAACUGCUUCUUGCCCAGUUCUUCAUGCAUGUCAGAUCCUGUGCACAGUGAAGGAGAAUCCUGCUCUCUAAAACAGGAUAUUGUUUUAAGUAGCUGACAUUUACAGUCCAUCUUGAUCACCUGAAGUCUAUUUUUGCGCAUUUUUUUCUGUAGCCGAGUUAUCAAGGGAGCUGCAAGACAUCCCAGAUUAUCAGAAAAACAAAUGGAAAUUCAGUGUUUCUCGCAGAGAUCAAUGACGUCAUUUAAAUGCACCUGAAACAGUUUUGAAUCAGGAAAUUCUGGAUUAGCUCCCCUUAGUCUAGGAGUGAACAACUGUAUAGAACAUUAUUUUUUAUAUUUGUUUGCUGUAGUAUCUGUGUGUCAGAACAGGCACAGUAUUCAGACACUUCACCAACUUUUCAAGAGUCUAUAAAUUGUACUGUAUGACUGAAAUCCUGCAACCCUGUAGAAAGGGCUCCUAUAUCCUCUGUUUAAGGAAAAUAUUCAAGGCAGUUCUUUAUAGACCAAGCAUGCUGCUUGGAUUAUUUUUCACUGGCAGUCUGUUUCUCUUUCAUUUAAAAGAGAAGAGUUUCACGUUAUUACUCUGAUAUGUGGUGAGUUUUCUUUCUUUAGCCAUGAUCACUUAAAGCUGUCUGUUCAGCUAAUUUUGUUUGCCAAAGGUCAUUUUGACUGAUCUAUCAGUAAUGUUGUGCCAUAAUCCAUCUCUUUGUCUGGAAAGUUCACGUGCACUCUCUUCAUACUUGCCUCUUCCAAGUUGCAGUUACUCCCAUGUGAUGUGGUGCGGGGAGAUGGGCAUUGUUCUCUUCUGUGGUAGCCUAAGUUCUGAUAUGCUAGAUUGUGUAUGGGCUAUGGUCUGUAUACUGGAGUUCCUGUCUUCAUUCUACAGCAAUAAGGCAGCAUAGUACUCUUAAUGUGUAAGUGCGUUUGUUUUUUUUAUCUUUCUUCCAGGAUAGAAUUAUGAAUAGGAAGCACAAAGGGAUGUGGAGGGAGGCUGGAAAACUAGGUAUGUGCUUUUCUAUUGUUCUGCACAGGAAAAUUAAGGCUGUGUUUUCUCCAGCUGACAAAGGUGCAACAUUAAAAUACAUCUUGCACUUAUCUAACACAAAGCAUGCGAUAAAUAAAACAAAAAACAUUCCUGCCAAUUGUUGCCUUACUCUGAAGAAACCACUGUUGAGGUUGUUGCACCUCCCUGGAGUACAAACACUUCCUACCCCAGUGCUCCCUCUUUGAAAUGGUGCAAUAUUUUACAGGUGUGUAGAUUGAUGAAGUAGACUGCUCUGAAAGAUCAGAUUUCAGUAGGAUUCCAUCAACUUGUAUUAUCACUGCCACUUUGGUAUUUACUUUUUAUAUACUUGUAUUUUACUGCCUGGAGGUGUCAAAAUAAAGAAUUCUUGUUUGAUUAA